GAGGACUUUCCCUGCAUGUAUCUUGGAAUCCCUUAUCCAGUUCCAAGGACUGGUGCGGGAAUAGGAAAUCCUUGAGGAGCCUUCUGGGAUGAGAGGGGCUUCCCUGGCACAGGCUCAUGGACGUUAAACGUCAUCAGAAUGGAGCCAAAGGGCAGAGAAGGAAACCACCCCAUUCCACGGUGCACAGGCUCCUGAGCUGGGGGCUGCCAGUGACCUGCCGCCAGUUCCUGUGGCGCCAGCCAGGCGAGUUUCCUGUCACUACUUUCCUGCUGGGGGCAGGCGCUGGGGGCCUCCUGGCCAUAGGUCUCUUUCAGCUCCUGGUGAACCCCAUAAACAUCUAUGAAGAGCAGAAGAUGGUGAUGUUGUACAGCUUGGUGGGCUUGGGGGCCAUAGGCUGGGGGACCUCCCCUCACAUCCGCUGUGCCAGCCUCCUGCUAGUCCCCAAGAUGCUGGGCAGAGAGGGCAGGCUCUUUGUCCUCGGAUACGCCUUGGCUGCCAUCUACGAGGGGCCAGUGGCCAAUCUGCGGCACAACCUCAAUGAGGUGAUAUCAUCGCUGGGCUGCACCGUGGAACUGCAGAUCAACAACACGCGCGCGGCCUGGCGCAUCUCCACGGCCCCCUUGCGAGCCGUGUUCAAGGACCUGCUGGGCAGCAAAGAAUCACUGAAGGCAGAGACUCAGAACAUCACCACUUCCUUUCAAGACCUGGAUGGCCAGGUGAAUAGUGAGGCUGGCUACAAGCCAGAGGAUGUCUCGGACUCAGAGAAGACAGCCCAAGGCAUAAAGACCCACCAAGCCCCAGCCUCCAGGUUCCACCUCUCGACACAGAAGAUGUAUGAGAUGAAGACCAAGCUGCGCUGCUCCUAUGUGGUGAACAAGGCCAUACUCAGCUGCCGUCGUUGGUUUGACCGGAAGCAUGAACAGUGCAUGCAACACAUCAAGGUCCCACUGCUCAACCACCUGCUCUGUCUGCCCAUGAAGUUCAAGUUCUUCUGUAACAUUGCCAAGGCGAUGGAGUUUUGGUGCCGCAGUCGCAUCCCAGUGGAAGGCAACUUUGGGCAGACCUACGACUCCCUCAACCAGUCUAUUCAUGGCCUGGAUGGGGAAUUUUCAGCCAAUAUUGACCUCAAGGAAGCGAAGCAGGCGGGGCUGCUGGGCCUCAACACGAGCUGGGAGCAUGUGAGCACCGAGGUGCGGGACUAUGUGGAACGCCAGGAGGCCUGGCUGGAGCACACCCUGGGGCUGCUGCACGUGCUGCUGUCCUGCACCUUCUUGCUGGUCCUCCGCGCGUCCUUCUCCUACAUGGACAGCUAUAACCAGGACAUUCGCUUUGACAAUGUCUACAUCAGCACCUACUUCUGUCAGAUCGAUGAGCGCAGGAAGCAGCUGGGCAAACGGUCUCUGCUGCCACUCCGCAAAGCCGAGGCAAAAACCGUCAUCUUCCCCUGCAAGCCCACUAUUCAGGCCUCGGAAAUGAGAAAUGUGGUGAGGACGGUGAGGGAGCUCCUGGAGACGCUGCCCAUUCUGCUGCUGCUGCUGGUGAUGUGCGGACUGGACUGGGCUCUCUACUGCAUCUUCGACACCAUCCGCCACCACUCCUUCCUGGAGUACUCCUUCUACAGCAGUCAUAAACUGGAGGUGAAGGUCGGUGGAGACUCCAUGCUUGCCCGGCUUCUUAGGAAAACCAUUGGGGCCCUGAACACCUCCUCAGAGACAGUGGUGAAAUCAAACAACAUGCCCUGCCUGCCCCAGCCUGUGGGCCUGGAUGCCAGGGCCUACUGGAGAGCCGUACUGCCAACUAGCCUGCUACUGUGUCUCUGCCUGGUACAGGCUUUUGGCUACCGGCUCCGGAGAGUCAUUGCAGCCUUCUACUUCCCCAAGCGAGAGAAGAAGCGGAUCCUGUUCUUCUACAAUGAGCUAUUGAAAAAGAGAGCAGCCUUCACCAAAUUGAGGAGGGCUGCCAUCAUGAGGCGAGCACAACAGCAGAAGGCUCCGUGCCUAGACCCUCCCAGCCCCCAUGACAAACAAUAGGGGCAGCCGGAUGAAUGUGCUAUGGAAAAAUGAACAACAAAAAAGAAUGAAUUGGGACUCCUUGACAGUGUCCUGAAGUAAGCUGGAUUUGAGUGUGCAUGUGGAAAUGUGAGGGACAGUCAUUACCAGCUGAGGGCACAGAACGUGCAAAGACUCAAAGUCAAAGGGACUGCCAAGUGCCAGGCCUAGUAUAAGGAGAAACUGGCGCACAAAAGACAGCAUUCAGGGAGGGUGAAGUGGAGCAGAGGCUACAGAGGGAUCAGAUUGUGGAAGGCUCUGGAGGCCAAACCCAGGAGUUCUGCCUGGCAGGCAGGCAGUGGGGCCCCUGAAGCUUCUUGAACAAAGAGUGACCUAAUAAGGUGGCCUGUGAAGAAUUAUUCCUGGCAAUUGUGUGGAGACAGUGUAUAGGGGACAGGAAAGAAUAAUGAAUUGGGCUUGUGAUUUGGAAUCAGCACAUAUGGGUCCAGCCAGGUUUGAUUGUUUACUAUUUGUGUGUCUUUGAGAAAGUCACUUCACCUUUCUGAGAUUUAUCUUUCUUGUCUGUAAAGUGGGGAUAACAAUAGUGACAGUCUAUCUGGCCUACUCAUUUCUCAGCCUCACGUGAGAACUGCAAAAGAUAGUUGUUGCUGAUAUCCACUGGGAGAGAGCCUGGAGGCUGCAUCCUCCCACUCUCCAUCACGGAAUGGGGCAGGGAGGCUGUCCACAACCCACUUCCCUAGCACACUGGCCCUUCAGGGGUCUUCUGUGGCCAACCCAGCCUCGCCCAUGUGGUCACUGUCAGGUCUCCUAACUUCAGAUAAGAAGUGCUGUCCAGUUCCCUUCGCAAACCCCUCUUUCGCCCCUCGCUCCCCAACUGGCUCUAACC